AUGCCCGCGAGCGCGCGCAUCCCCGCCACGGACGGCGCCAUGGCGAGCGCAGGCGCCCAGACGAGCUCCGCGGGCGCGCCGGACCAGGAACCUCCCGCCAGCGGCCCGCCAGCAGCGUCUCCGGCGCCCGAGGCGCGCGCGGCCGGCGCACCGGCGCGCAAGGACGCCGCGCCCUUCGAGCAGCUCGUGCCUCCUGCCGAGCGCGCGCACAUCUGGGCCUCCGCUGAUGGCCAUUUCUGGUGCUCCCUCUGCCUAGCGCCCUUGCAACGCGACACAAUCCAGCAGCACCUCGACGGAGAGGCGCACAGGACCGCGAGCCGCAAGCCCGUGCUGCCUGGGGAGCCCGGCGCGGCCCCUGGGGCGGCGCGCGCCAGGCCGGGGGCUGCACCGUCGACGCUCGCGGCCGCGCCCGGCCCCGCCGGGAGCGCGCAGGCGCCGGGCGGCGAGAGCCGCGUGCCGUACUGCGACGUGUGCGGCGUGUACGUGCCGGGGCGGCCCGAGGCGGAGGCGAUGCAGCGGCACACGGAGGGAAAGCGGCAUCAGCGUGCGUUGCGGGAGAGCGGCGGGGCGGGGACGGGCGACGCGCCGGCGCCGCGCGCGCCCGCGACGCCGCAGGCCACGCCGGACGCGUCCGCGGCGCGCCAGCCCUCCGGUGCGCCGGACGCGCCGCCUCGGCCGGCUAUUUCUCAAACGUGGCUCAGGGCUGCCGUCGAGGGCGCGGCGGGCGGGAAGGCGCGGCGCGUGCUCGCGUGCGUGCUCUGCGGGGUGCCCGUGGCGCAGACGGCGCUCGCGAACCGAUCGGAGGCGGGCGGCGCGCUCCGCGCCACGGAAGUGGCGCAGGUUCGGGCGCACGCAGGGCAGCCGGAGCACCGCGCGGCGUGCGUGCGCGCGGUGGAGGAGCGGAUCGACGCGAUGGUGGUGCCGGGGGCGGCGCGGGCGCGGCACCCGAGCGGCAAGACGUUCGAGCGCGUGCAGGGCGACACGGAUCUGAUGUUCGAGUACUACGCGCGCCGCAGGGCCGCGGACGACGACGCGGCGCCGCAGCCGUGGUCCCGCGCGCGGUGCGUCGCGUGCGGCGUCAUCGUCGACCGCACCGACCUCGACGCCCACAAGGCGACGCCGCGCCACGCGCUGCACGCGAUGGACCCGCGCAUCGCGGCGCUCCUCGACGAGUACUACUCCGUCGCGGGCACCACGGGCCCGCUGCCGUGCUGCGCCGCGGGCGUGUGCACGGCGAAGCCCAAGCGCGGUUCUGCGAAAGGACAGCGACAGCAACAGCAACAGCAGCGCCAGGCGGCGGGCGCGGGGCAGAAGCGGCGCCGCGGCGACGAGACGGGCGCUGAGGACGAGGGCGAGGGCGAGGAGGUUGCGAGGAAGCGGGCGCGGGCGGAGCCGGAGGGGGCGGCGUCGGGCGCGGUGGUGGUGUCGCAGUCGGUGAGGGCGCCGCCGGCGGUGUCGGCGGGGCACGCGGCGUGGGCGGUGGCGCGGCUGGAGCAGCAGGUGCUGGCGCUGCGGUCGUGGUCGGGCGCGCUGGCGGCGCGGCUGGCGGCGGCCGAGGCGGGGUUUGGGCGGCGCGUGGCGGCGCUGGAGGAGGGGGACCGGCGCGCGCGGCAGGCGGCGCGCGAGGCGGCGGCGCCCGUGCAGGUGACGAUCCGCGUGGACGGCGCCGCGGAGGCGGGCGGCGGCAGGAGGGGGGUUGCGGCGGCGGCGGAGGGGGGGGCUGGCGGCGGCGAAGAGAAGCAGGAGUAG